AUGCAUUUCAACAUCUUUGUUGCUCUCAUUGGCCUAGUGGGUGCUGCAGUGGCAGCCCCUCAGCCCGAGGCCGAGCCCGAGAUGAUGCGACGAAGCGAAGAGGCUCAGGGUAAUGCACAAAAUGGCCAGAAUGGCCAGAAUGGUCAGUGGUGGGGACCUGGUGGUGGUUAUGGAUGGGGAUGGGGACACCCUGGCUGGGGAUACGGUGGUGGUUGGGGACACGGUGGUGGUUGGGGACAUGGUGGUGGCUGGCACUAG